AUGUCUUCCUCUACCAGACCUUCAUUUUCUCGAACCCCGUCCAUUGCUUCUUCUAUUCAAUACAACCCCAAACGAGCAACUGCCCAGACAAUCCUCACCAACUGCACCCUUCAUGACAUCCUUACCAACCCUAGACUUCUCUUUUCCUUUGAACGUUUCCUCAGAGGAACAUGGUCACACGAAAACCUUUUAUUUAUCGAAGCAAUGAGCCAACUACGACAUGAAAGUGACCCAAAGAUUGUCGAAACAACUCUUCACAGAAUUUAUAAAACCUUUAUUGCCUGUGGAUCACCUCUAGAACUUAAUGUGACCACCCAAGCAAAGGUCAAGAGCAAAAUUGACUCUAUGCAGUGGGCAAUUCUUAGUAGAAAAGAAGCUGUCUCUAUUCUUGCAGAAACUGAAGAUCAAGUUCUUACUACCCUUAAUGCAAAAUUAGCUGAAUACCUUGAGGCAAGCAAGGGAAGCCCCGUUGAUACGGCUGUCAGUCUGUCUUUGCCUCAAAAGCUUCAGAAAAAGGUUGUCAUUAUUGGUGGUGGAUUCACUGGAUUCACAGUUGGCUCGAUUCUGGACCCAAUGCACCUAUUCCAUGUCACUUUGAUUGACACAAAAGAUUCAUUCGAGUAUACUCCAGGAAUUGUCAAGAAAAUCGUCAACCCUUCCCAAUCAAGCUCUCUGCGUGUCCGUCACGAUAGUUACAUACUCAAUGGAAAGGUUAUUCUUGGCCAUGUAGAAGAGAUUUGCAGUGACGCAAUGUCACUCAAAGUCAAUGGAGAUUUGAUCUCGUUCGAUUAUUUGGUUGUGGCCACUGGCAGCUCUUAUUCGUCUCAGCUCAAAUCAACAGACAUCUCCUCACUCUACCGUCUAUCUGGUCUGGAAGAUCUUAAUACCGAGCUUCAGAAUGCCCGCAAAGUCUUGAUUAUUGGUGGUGGUUUGGUGGGCUGUGAAUUGGCUUCUGAGAUCGCUGAUUUCGAAUUCCCUGGUCCGUAUCCCAAGAAAAGCAUCACAAUGGUUGAAUCGCACAGUAACGUGGUCAGUCGAAGUGAUGUGCGCCAACAAGAACGUGCUCACGAUUACCUGGUCAACCUUGGGGUCGAGAUUGUCUGCAACGAGCGCAUCGUUGACUUUGACAGUGCCGAGGCCAAUGUGUAUGUCGGCUCAACUGGCCGGGUCUACCAAGGCUACGAAAAGGUGUUUGUCGCCACAGGCACGAGACCCAACAGCGACCUGUUUAUGAGCAGCACAAGUGAACUGUCGCUCGAAAGCUGUCUGGAUAUCUGGGGCCGCAUCCGGGUUAAGCCGACUCUGCAGAUUGACCAUUUUAGCUACCAGCACAUCUUUGCCGGCGGCGAUGUGACAAAUGUCGUCGAAGAAAAGACAGGCUAUGCUGCGACCAUUGCCGGAGUCUGCAUUGCCAGAAACAUCUGUCGGCUCGUGAAAGGAAAACCUGCCUUGAAACAGGGCACAAAGGGAACCUUGCCUGCACCAGACAAGCCUCUGCAUGGCAUGAAGGCCCAUGGCGGUAUCGGUAAACAGAGCCUCAACAUCCUCAAGAAAAAAUUCUCGUUCCUUAACCCAUCCUGGGCCGCCCUAAAGUACUUUAACGAAACCCAGUUCACAAGAAUCGUCCAGGGCCAGGGCAGCAUGUCAUCCCAUAUUCUCGGCAGACUUCCCAGAAGACUCAUGCUACCCUCCUCCUCAAACUCCCCAACAUUCCCAACCGCCUCCUUUUCUACUCUCUCGAUCGCAACCUCUCCAUCCUUAUUUACACAGUCAGAGUGUUCGCUUGACACACCAAAGGAUCUCAGCGAUCGUACGACAUCCAAAAUGUUGUGCACCGCUGACUCUGCUACAGCCAUCACCGCCACCAUCACCACCACCACUAGUACUAUGGCCGGAUGUUCGAGCAACCGAAAUUCCUGUGACAGCUGUGGCCGCAAAUCUACUUCGAGGUGUAGCUCGUGCGACAAUGACAGCAGCUCGUCCAUUGAUGAGUACCUGGUGGAACACUUUACCUUUGGCGGAGAGAACAUUGAACUCUUUGCAGAAGAAAGACGCCGGUCCAUUAAGGCUGCCAAAGAAGAACCUCCUCUCAGCCCAAGGAUCAAGUCCAGACGGACCAGUGUCGUAUCUUCUUAUUCAACAUGCUCAAACAAGAACUCUAUAUCCCCGCGCAACUCUGCCUCUACGCCACCUAUCCAUGCUUGA